AUGAAUACGAAGGGCGGCCAGCGCAAUGUUCUCGUUGGUGCUUGCUACGACAGCAAGUAUGCGAAUGUGGAGACUUUGCGAAAGCUGGUGCUGCUUGACUGCCGCUAUGCAUGGGUGGAUUUGCCCUUUUCUACAUGUGCGGCGCGCUACCAGAUGCUCGUUCGCCAGCGCGGUGCUGCUGCCUCCGGCCCAACUACACGAGAGAACGCUGAGCUAGUGGCCCUGCUGAACACAGACAGCAUUCCGCAGUAUGUGUGGCCAGCUGCCAAUCCGAUGUGCGAGUGGGUCACAUCCCAUAGCAACAUGUUCGAGGGCAAAAGCGUACUGGAGCUGGGGUGUGGGGCUGGCAUUCUCGGGUUCACGGUAGCUCAGCAUGCCAGGCAGGUAGUCCUGACUGACUGCUCCCCUGUCUCUCUCGCCCUUGUGCUUGAAUCAGUUGCGCGAAAUGACUACCGCAAUUGUGAUGUGGCUGUUCUGCAGUGGGGAAGGGAAGACCAGCUGGCGAAGAUAAAGCUGGAGUGCAGUGUGGACUCCUUUGACAUUGUGAUAGGCAGCGACAUCUUCUACUUCAGCAACUGUCUCAAAGCUGGACUUGAAACUGCACGCAGCGCUCUCCUCCCCCAACAUGACAGCGAUGCGGUGUUUCUCUGUGGUAGUGUUACCCGCUCUGACCGAAUGGAGUUCGACCUCGAGCAAAUUCCACUCCGGGAAGGGUUCGUCCUUGUUGAGUUGCUCGUGCUGGACCCGUUUCGCCUCUACAUUUGGAAGAUGUCUGCCUCGAAAUAG